UCUCCCGGUAGCAGAAAUGAUGAGGAGGAGGUUUCAAGUGUUCUGUUAGUCUAAUGAACGAUGGAGCCUGUUUUUUCAGGGUAAAAGAUCAGUUACUUAUGUGCUAUGAAAUAAUGUAUUCCGCAUGCUGUGCGACAAUGGAUACGUUUGGGAAUAUACUUUAAAAAAGUCGUGUAGCUGUAAGCAGACUUCAUAUAAUAUUUUUCUCCGUUACCAAGGACACUGUUCUCCAACACUACCGGAGACCUCUUAAUAAUCUUUAGGCUACUUGAAGGGUGGGUGUGAAACACCCAGACACAAGAGUGAUCCAGCAGAGGGGUCCAGGAGUAGGAGUGCAUUACCAUCAUGGGUAAACAGAACAGCAAACUGCGCCCUGAGGUCCUGAAUGAUCUGCGGGAAAACACAGAAUUCACAGACCAUGAGUUGCAGGAGUGGUACCGUGGCUUCCUUAAAGAUUGCCCUACUGGCCACUUAACUGUGGAUGAGUUUAAGAAAAUCUAUGCCAAUUUCUUUCCAUAUGGGGAUGCCUCAAAAUUUGCAGAACAUGUAUUUCGUACCUUCGACACCAACGGUGAUGCGACUAUCGAUUUCCGGGAGUUCAUCAUCGCACUGAGUGUGACAUCUCGUGGAAGUCUGGAGCAGAAGCUUCGCUGGGCCUUCAGCAUGUACGACCUGGAUGGAAACGGAUACAUCAGCCGAGCCGAGAUGCUGGAAAUAGUGCAGGCAAUCUACAAAAUGGUGUCCUCGGUAAUGAAGAUGCCAGAGGAUGAGUCGACCCCAGAAAAACGCACUGACAAGAUCUUUAGACAAAUGGACACAGACAAUGACGGAAGGCUUUCCCUGGAGGAAUUCAUCAAAGGUGCCAAGAGCGAUCCGUCCAUCGUCCGACUGCUUCAGUCUGAUCAGAGCACUCCUCGCUAGUUGUGAAAGCAGCAACACCCACAGAAAAGCAUCUCACAUAUUCACACUUAGACAGGAGGGAUCAGCGAGUUGCUCUCCAAGGCACGGACUGCAUCUGAGUAACAAAUCGGCUUCAUGUAUGUGAUAUGUUAAUCACAAAAUCUGCUCAGUUUUUUCACUCAGAUGCGCUCACAGGUUUAACCCAACCUUUGCUAAAGUUAUGGGUAAGUGAGGAUCAUUUUAUUCGGUUGGUGUCAAAUAAUUUCUAUUCAAUGUGCUGAAUAUCCAGUCAAGACAACCAGUUAAUUAAUAUAUUACCAUAAAGGGACCUCAUCUUGUGGUAAAAGCAUCGGCUAUUUUUGAUGCCAUUCAAACAGACUUUAGAUGAAUUAAUCUAGAUAUGCCACUGCUGUGAGAAUAAGCCACACAUGUUUUCUUCAUUUAAACCCAAUAUGCAAGACACAGAUAAGUAGCACUUAGUUGAGGUAGUAAGUUAAAGCUCAGUCCAAAAAUCCUAUCGCAAGUGUGCAGUUAAUUUGAUUCUCCAGACAUGAUUAUGUGCAUUUAUAGACAUGGUAAAGUAAAUCCUUCAGUGUUUAUUCUUGUAUUGAAUUUGUUUGAAACCUCAGUUUUUGUCUUCGGACUGUUAACAUUUGCCAGCCUACGCAGUUUUAUAGUUUAGAGUUCUGCCACUAAGCUGUGCUUCAUCAAGAGCGAUUUGCCAAAACUAGUAUUUACGUUGAUUGUACCAGUUUUCUUUGUUCAUUACAUAGUUGUCUGCAUAGUAAAGAAGGCUUGUGCACUUGAGCAAAAAAGCUGUAUUGCUUUAUCUCAGUGUAGUCAACUAUAGA